CCGCAAGCAGCAACCUCCACGAUUGCAACACCCACGUCCACCCACCGUCGCCAGCCACCAUGACAAAAAUCAACUCCAGCCUGCACUCCAGCCGGAGAAAGGCUCGCAAGGCACACUUUGAGGCCCCGUCGAGCGUGCGUAGAACGAUUAUGAGCGCUCCGCUAUCCAAGGAACUCCGAGAAAAGCACAACGUCCGCGCAAUUCCCCUCCGCAAAGACGACGAAGUCAUCAUCAAGCGCGGCAGCAACAAGGGCCGCGAAGGCAAAAUCACCUCCGUCUACCGCCUCAAAUACAUCGUGCACGUCGAGCGCGUCACCCGCGAGAAGUCGAACGGCCAGAGCGUGCCCAUCGGCAUCGCACCCAGCAAGGUGGAGAUCACCAAGCUGAAGAUCGACAAGGACCGUGAGAACAUUCUGGAGCGGAUUAGCCACGGGCGGAAGCUGAACAAGGACAAGCGGGAGAAGCAUUCAUCGUGAGCGGAGGCGAUGGAUGAGGAGGUGGACGUUCUUGUGGGUUCGAGGUGCUGAAGAGCUGGCUGGCGGAUGCAUUUCGGCGCUGCGGCGGGAUGGAAUGGCAUUGUGGACGUCACGUCGCUCAAAGUAAGACACUCGAGAAUCUCUUUUGAAACAAUGACCCAACAGAUCAUACCAUUCACUUCCCCGCCUUUCCUUCCGUGCCUCACCAGGCCGUGUGCUGUUCCCCGAGAGUACUCGCUAGAUUAUCUACUGAGCAGCCCAGCACCAUGGCUUCGAAGUUAUACGACUAGCGAAGAUCGAGCCCCAAUGAGGACACUACACCGCGUCCUUGCUCGCCUGCAGAACGCUCUUUGAUGGAUUAUUCCGAUGAGAUUAGUGUUUUGAUGGUGAGAGACAUAUCGAUGUUUCGCUUGUGCUUGUGGACUACGUUGAGUAUUAUCAAACUAU